AUGAGUCAAGAUUUUGAUAAAACUUCGCCUUCAUCAUCAUAUAAUUAUCAGAGAAGAUCGAGUGGUGCUUCCUCUUCUCAAGAUUUGGACUAUGCCAAACUUUCCUAUCGUGAUUCCUUCUCAUUGAAAUAUGGAUUGAGAAGUUUGAUUAGUUUUGCAGAGGGAUGUAGCUCCUCAAAUGAUUAUCACAAUUAUUCUCAACAACUUCCCUGCUCAACCACAACAUUGGAACAAUUGCCUGAUAGAAUAUUUAUCAGUGGUUCUACAAGUAGAUAUAGUGUUCCUUCAAUGAAUUGUACUGGUUGGAUUUCUCCUAAGGAUUUAGUAGAACAUGUCAAGACAGAUAUUGAAUCAAAGAGACCAAAGCCAGUGGCAACUUCCCCUUCCAAUUCUUCAAAUAGUUCAAUUCCAUUCUCAGAUGCAGCUCAAAUGAAUAAUUGCAAAUCGAAUAAUACACUCUUUCCAUGUGAUCCUAAGGAACUCAUUUCAAUUGACUGUGGUUACAAUGUCACAUUUUACUUGACCAAGACUGGACUUUAUGCAACUGGUUCCAAUUCUGUGGGUGAAUUAGGUGUUGGUCAUUCCAAUGAAGUAAGAGAUCAUGUGGAGGCGGUUGCCUUACCAAAACUUCCUCUUACUCCAAGCUACUUUGUCAAGAAAUUGGUCAGUGGAGAAGGCCACACUGUUGUGUUAAUGUCCACUGGUGAAAUUGUAGUGUUUGGUAAGAAUGGAGAUGGUCAACUUGGUAUUGAAAAGAGUGUUGGAGAACCAGUGCCAAAACUCAUUCCUUCCUCGACAUUUGGAGGUGAGAAAAUUAAGGAAAUUGCCUGUGGAUAUUAUCAUACACUUGUCUUGACAGAGACUGGUAUAGUCUAUGCCUGUGGAAGAAAUGUACAAAAUCAAAUAGGAUGUGUGCCUAAUCAUGUCAAUGUUUCAAGUGGAUUCAGACCUGUCACUGUUCUGAAAGAAGGUGGAUUGAGUAAUGAUGGUGGAAAAGGACUCAAGAUUGUUAAAAUUGUUGCAGGAAGUCAUCAUUCACUCUUUUUAACUGAAGAUGGAAUUGUGUAUGCUGCUGGUGACAAUCAAUUCAAUGCCAUUGGUAAAAAGUAUCCAGUUUUUGCUCCACUCGAACCAUUCUACAGUAAUAAUCAGAGAACAUCCACUGAAUCCUUGAAAGAUUCAAAGCAGAUUGUGCCACACAAGUAUAUCACCAAUGUAUGGUGUGGAAGUUUAUCAACCUUCAUUCAAACAAGAGAUGAUAAGGUCUAUGUUUGUGGAACUGCCAAUGAUAGAGCUCUCUUCUUAGAUGAACAAUAUGUGAAUGGAAAUGCAAACUAUGUCACUGAGGGAUUCAUUCAAUGUGAUUUCCUUAGUGGAAAAUCAAUCAAGGAAAUUGUUGGUUUCUACUCAAUGAUUGCUGUUUCUGAAUCUAGAGAUGUCUACGUGUGUGGAAAUAAUUCUUGCAAACAGUUAACUACCAAAGAUCAGCCAGUAUACAAUAUCAAACCACAACAUGAAACGUUCCUAUCUGCAAAAUUGAAGCAAUAUCCACAACUAGAUUAUUGUGUUUCGGCAGGAUUUAGAACAUGUAGUAUCUAUCUCUUUUCGAAGGAAAAGAGAAGUAGAAAUCAGAAUGAAAUGUUCUGCCACCUCUACCAAGCACUCUAUGAUCAAGAUGAAAGCAAUAAGAAUUACUUUUCCGAUAUUUCCUUUGUUACUAGAGAAGUUGAUGAAGAUGAAGAUGUUGUCAUGUAUGAUUUGUAAUCUAACAAGAUUAACAAUUCACUUCUAUCACUUCACUACGAUUAGUAGUUCCCUUCUUCAUGAAUAAUUAUUUAAAUUUCCACUUUAGUAAUAUCAUGUAUUCAUAUCAAUUUUGACCUGCGACUUUAAAACACACACAUAGAGAUGCUCCACAACCUUUCAAUAAUUGUAAAUAAAAUAGUAAUAAUAAUA